AUGCAUCGCAAAGUCGACCAACUAUCCAUGGCUCCAGGCGUCUCGGUUAUCAAACCCCUAAUGGGCGUCGAUUCUUGUCUAAAGGAUAAUCUCAUCAGCCACUUUACACUGGAUUAUCCAAAAUUUGAACUUUUGUUUUGUGUUCAAGAUGAAGAUGAUCCGGUCAUACCCCUAGUCAAUUCAUUACGGGAACAAUACCCCCAUGUUGAUGCACAACUUCUCAUCGGUGGAACACCGGGAAUCGUGAAUCCUAUGGUACAUAAUAUGGCCCCGGCUUAUGCGGUAGCCAAGUAUGAAUUGGUUUGGAUCAGUACUAGUCGAAUACUUGACGAAUGUUCCAAUCCUCGUUUGGAAGAAUACUCGAGCCAGGUCAACUGCAAAAUCCUGCUUCUCAAGUUUGAGUUCGCUCCCAUGAAAGUCCAGAAGAAGAAAGGUAACUCCGGUGGUAUAGAUCCGCGAUGA